UGGACCUCAUCAUCUCCCAUGGUCCCAUCCCCUGUCACGCUCUCGCCAUCACAACAACAUCCUCAACUCGUCUCGCUCACCCCAAGCACAUCGCCAUGCCCGACCCACGGAGGGUUGUCAGACACGACUCGAUGCAGUCCACCGCCAGCAUCGGCUGGCCCCGCCCCCCGAGUCCCUCGCUCAUGGCCGCCGCUAAGGCGUACCGUAAUGCGCUGCUGGCCAUGUCGACCGCGACGGCUGCAUUCGCUUCCGCGAUGGAGGCAUGUUCCCGGGUGAAAGGAUGCCGCGAGGCAAACGCCGGCAUGGCCGGCGGUGCGGGGCUGCAGUACCUCAUCUCGAACCACGAGCAGCUCCUCGCCGACACAAUAUACCGGCAGUUCGAGAUCCCCCUCCUCGAGACGCUCGACAACUACAAGAUGAUGACAGCGGAGCGGCUUGCAAGCUACGAGAAGGCGCUGCACAGCCAGAGCGACAAGAUCCGUCGCACAGAGGCCGAGAACAUGAAGAUAGGGCGACGGCGCAAGCGUGAUCUCAACCAGUUCCGCGCCGCGCUCGCCGACCUUCAGCGUCAGGUCGACGAGCUCGACGGCAUCAAGCUGGCUUACCACGAGGAGGUGCUCGAUGCCGAGGAAGAGACUUGGGAGACGGUGCUGAGCAAGGUCGCGUUUGUGAUUCGCUCCCAGCUCGACUUUUACGAGAAGAUCGCCGGCAAGGCCAGCGACCCCGUGCUCGAGCCGCUUGUCAUGUCCAUUCCCGACCCCUUCGACUCGUACGGCCCGCCCAAGGAGGAAGGGCAGAUCUUUAGCGUCCUCUCACCACUGCACAUCGACUCCAACCCUACGUCGCCGCUGCCGAGUCUCCCGCGCGUGUCGAACAACGCGUCGGCAGCCGCGACGCCGAAAGUCACUUCGCCCGUCCAGCUGGGCUUCAGUUCUGCGGCGCCCGCCAAAGCCGAGACGUCUGAAAUAGACGUCUCAGGCGAGCGCAGCGCGUGGGGCGACUUCGAGAGCGGCGCUCUUAGUGCGCACCGUGAACUGAGCGUCAUCGACGAGGCGGCGUCGCCAGCGAAAAGCAUGGUGCCGAGACGGGCGGAGAGCGAGCACGACGACGACGACGACGACGACGAUAGAGACCUCGGCGGGAGCGUGAUGGAAGGCCGCAAACUAGACGUCCUCAAGAAAGGGCGCGGAGAUCUGGACGACGACGGCCCCGUGAACGACAGCGGCGGACCGGACCAUGUAUCCUCCCCACCAAAAGCCUAGCCUCGGUCUAGCCCUCUGUGAUUACAGUACACGCACACCAUGUUGUUCUCGGAUCCCGAGUUGA